AUCUGUAUCACACACGCACACACGCACGCACGGAGGGAGAGAGGGAGAGAUUGCCCCACAUCUUUGUUGCUAUAACUACCCUGUGUUACGACAGGCAGAGAUGAAGCCGUCUGCAGGCGACACACCGCGGAUCCAGUAGCCUACUCAUCCUGUUCGCGUAGUUUUUUUCCCAACAUUCAACUACAAUUGAUGAGAAAAUGAUGAGCAGUCUGAGGUUGGGAGAAUCUGAAACAACUAGAAACGGAGUCUAAAAAACGUUUUAUGGAUAUAAAGUUACAAAAGAAACUACUUUACCGAUCCUCCUGGCGCGUGUGUUUGAUCGGGACCUGGAGUGUGUUGGGGGGCUAUGGUGAGGCGAUGUGCACAAGCUGGGGUGAGGAGAGAUGUACCAGCAUCAGUGGAGGAAGAAGAGGUAAAGGAGUGGUUCUUCAUUCAUGGCUGUUCGUCUUGCUCCUGUUCUCGGCUCUCUUGGGCCAAGCUUCCCCCCAGUGUCCGGACAGCUGCCACUGCGCCUGGGACACGGCCACGGUUCAUUGCUCAGACACCGGGCUGCGGGAGAUCCCAGAGGGGAUCCCACCGGAAACUGUCUACCUCCACCUGGAACGCAACUACAUCCGGAGCAUCCCAGAGACUGCCUUCAGCGACCUGGUCCAUCUGCGGGAUCUGUACCUGUCCCACAAUCGCAUCGACUCGCUGGCAUCAGGGGCCCUGCGGCACCUGGGCUCCGAGCUGCGCCUGCUGGACCUCUCACACAACCAGCUGAAGCAGGCCAGCAGGGAGGAGUUUGGCUCCACCCGUGCAAAGAUGCGCCUCUACCACAACCCCUGGCACUGUGACUGCACCCUCCAGGAGCUGAUGGAGAACCUGAACCUGGAGCCCGAGACGGUGAAUGGGAUAAUGUGUGAAAGCUCUGUGCGGGGGGUGGGUGAGGGCAGCAGGUGGGAGGACCCGGGGUCCCAGGGCGAGCAUGCAGGUCAAUCCCUGGUCAAGCUGUUGGACUCUGGGGUGAAUUUCUGCAGUCUGCAGAGGAAAACCACUGAUGUAGCCAUGCUGGUGACAAUGUUUGUUUGGUUCUUCAUGGUCAUCGUGUAUGUAGUGUACUAUGUGAGGCAGAACCAAGCUGAGGCCCGAAGACAUUUAGAGUACCUGAAGAGUUUGCCCAGCCCACGCAAGACCCCCACAGAGACAGACACUCUUAGCACUGGUUUCUGAACUCAUGCUCACAAUAGAAUAAUAACAAAAUGGUAUUCUUAUGGAGAGCAACAGAUAAGCUUCAAAAUGCUUUGUGAUUGUAAUAUUUCUUGAUAUUUGUUACAAUUGAGCCCUCCUACCAUGUGUUUCUGGAUAUUUCUUUACCUUGUGCAUUUUUCUCAAUGAAAUGAAAAUAUCUGCAAACUUUGACUAGUGUAAUCAUUUAAAAUGCAAACUUCUCAUAACUUUACAUUUACACUGCAGUGUUUUUGUUGAAGUUGAAAGGUUGAGAAAGACUAGGAGAAAAAGAAAAUUCUCUGAACUUCAUAACCUUUUCUCUUCCUCUGUUCUCAACUCAACUCAACUUUAUUUAUAAAACACCCUUUAAAAAAACCGCCGCAGCUGAAACAAAGUGCUGCACAUGGAUGAAAACACGUAGCACAAGACACAAAACACAAAAACAAUAUAAAAACAACAAGACCAAUGAAACAAAAACAGAAACAGAGUCUCAUGCUGGGUUAAAAGCCAAGGAAUAGAAGUGGGUUUUAAGACAAGUUUUAAAAAUGGGCAGUGAAGGGGCUUGUCUAAUGUGCAAUGGGAGGUCAUUCCACAGUUUAGGACCGGCAGCGGAAAAGGCUCUAUCCCCUCUGAGCUUCCGUUUAGUUCUCCCUCUUCUCAUCUAAUUUCUUCUCCCAACGUGCCCCAUACUGUGGUCUUUUAUUUUCCAUUAGGCUGUAAUUGUAAUUAGCAGACUUUGACCAAUUGACCCUUAAUGAACACUUGAAAGCCACUAAUCAGUGGGAGUGUGAUUAUCAGGUGGAAAAAGAGAGACUUGUGCAAACUUAAAUGUGUGUCCUCAUCUAAUUACCUGUUUCAUUUGUGCCUGUUUGUGUUCAUGUGGAGUUUUGUGCAUUGUAACGGGCCAUUUUGAAAAAGUUAUUUUUGCAAGGAUGCUAUUUAAGCCUUUCCCAGUAGAUGUCAUGAUGAAGCCAGUGGUUUCUGUGCCAGUGUAUAGCUGCUGAUCUAAAUUUACUCUGUAAGCCAUUAGAGCUGAGGGUGAACUGUUUUGUCUCCCCGAGCUGCAGCCAUCAGCUCUAAAAUAUCUGGGCAGCUUACACAGCUUUCCACUGAUCGGUACAAAGACAUUUCAGCCUGAUUUAGAAAUAGAUCAUUGUCAUAUAUUAGAUUAGUGAGGCAGUUUGUCCUGGGAGAAGCCGUUAGUUUAGCUUUAAUUAAUCUCUUGAGGACUGCUUUUCAGUCCCUCUCUCCACUGAUAGUUGUUUACAAAUCGUUCAGGCUCCUAUUUUCCACAAAGGCUUCAUUAUAAUUGAUUAUUUUUCAAGCCACAGAAAAACAAAAGCAAAACACUUUGAUAACAAAUGAAUAAUGUUCUCAGUUAGUACAUUUAACGCCUGCAAUAUUAAAACUAAUGCAAUUCCUGACGUGUAAGUGAACCUCCAAUAUUUUACAAACUUGACUGGAUCAACACCUUUUGUUUCCCUUAAGUUCAUAUUAACUGUUACAAUAUGUGGGGCAUUAUUUGCAUCGGAGGGUGCUUUGUUUUGUUAAUAUAUGUAUAUAUGUAUAUUAGCUGUCUUUUCGACACAAAUAGAGAGUAAAAUGACUCUGAGUCUGGAACAAAAGAGCUCCCAAAUUAAUUCCAGGGUCAAUUCUGAGUUAUUACGACAUUAUUGGCAGAUAUUAAAGCAGAAAAAUAUAUAUAUAUUUCCACCCCCCCCCCAUGUGCCCUUUUUUCUGAACUUUUUUCAAUUUAUUUGGAUAACUAAUACUAUACUUUAUUUGCUAUUUAUUAAGUUAUAUAAAAACUUGGAAACGUGCCUGAGUAAAUUAUCACAAAAUUAUCAAAAAUGUGUCUUUGAUCAUUGAUGGAUUAAAGUUUAGUUACUACCUUUUAAAUGUUCAUAGAUGUAAUAAAAAUGACUGUGCCCCAUAUUAUGUAACAAUUGGGUUAGAAUAGUGGUAGGAGCUGAGGCUAAUCCUCGAAUAAGAAAAACCUUCUGUGUACUGUGACGUGCUAAAUGUGGUGUGUGUGCUUUGUAACUAACAGAAAAGGAUUGGAAGAAGUUUGUGUUGUUGAUUUGGAUAAACAUACUGUGAAUUAGAGCUAGUAUCAGUUUAACUUGGAGUAGAACAAGGUUGAUGUGCCGAUUUGUUCCGUGUGGAUAGACUUGUGAAGCACUGUCGGUGUAACUUUGAGUGCUAUGUGUCUGUCACAAAUGCUACUUCUAAUGUUUAUAUGUCAGAUGUCACUUUACCCAAAUGCAUUACUAAUUUUAAAAUCACAAACACUUAAGCUCAGAAAUAUGAUACUGAUAACCCAAAACUCAAGAACCAGGCAUGUCAAUGUGCAUAUUUUUUAUGUAGGUAUUUUUAUUUAUUGCCGAUUUUUUUCUCUUCCAGUGAAUGUUCACUCCUGUUUGUUUUUGUGUCCUUAACAAGGGUCAAGCUAGAUAUUGACAACUAUUACAUUACAUAAAUCAUCUAUCAAAAAGUGAUUUUAGGAAAAACAACAAUCUACUUUGUUCAUAGAAAUGUUUCUACCUUUUAUUUCUACAGUAGGUUGAAAAAAAAAGCAAGAGGAUGAAGGAAAGUACAGAAAGACAUUAUCAAUUCACAGAAUGAGCUGAUCAUGGUUUGCAGUGUUUCCUAUUUCUACUCUACCAUGUGUUAAAGCUAAAGGAAGUAAUUGAAAGACUAUUUUACAUUGACACAUGAUAUGAACUUUCACCGCUUUCAGUCCUCUCCCCGCUGCCUUUUCUCAAACUCUGAGGUGUUUCUUCCCCUGGAAAUGUAUCUGGGCAUCACCACAAAAACACCCAGUGGCAGCGGGUCACUUUAAAAUGUUUAGGAAUUUUCUUUCGAAAGACUCAAAACCACUGCCCCAGAUAUUUCACGGAGGGGGAGAACAAAACAGGUUAUAAAUAAAAAGCAACUUCAGCCUG